AUGACUGAUAAUGAAUCUGCUCAAUUUAAAAAAUUCGAAGACAAUUGGAAACCCAUCCAACAUUCAAAUAUAAUUAAGGAAGUUAAAGGUGAUUUAUUUGAACAGAAUAACUACUCGCUAGCACAUUGUGUUGCAGCUGACCUUAGAAUGGAACAAGGCAUCGCCGUAGACUUUAAAAAUAAAUUCAAAAAUGUAAAAUAUCUUCUAGACCAAAAUCCAAAACCAGGAGGAAUAGCUACGCUAUUUGAUGACAAAAAUAAUAGAUUUAUUUAUUACCUAAUUACUAAGGAAAAGUCCAAUAAAAAACCUACUUAUUUCACAUUAUGGAAAGCCCUAAAUAAAAUGAAAACUCAUGCUAAAGAAAACUAUAAAUAUAGAAAUUCUUGUAUGCCAGCUACCAAAUCAAAGCGACAUCGUAAAGAACCCCAAAAUUAA